AUGGAUCGAACCACAACUGAUAAUAUUGUGGCUCCACGCAACUAUACUAAAGAGAUUGAAAAUGGGCCGCUGCUACUCCUAGCUGUACCAGAGGAAAUUAAAAACCCUGUACGAUCCAUAUCGUACCCAAAGAGCCGGCUCAUCAUCCCCGUUCAAGGUUUGCAAGCAACUGCAAACUGUACCCAGAUCCCUCCGGUUAAUAUAAACUCUAAAAUCGUCCCUGCCAAAGACUACACAGCGGCCCACAUAAAAGUCAAAUUUUCCUUGUCACAAGGUGGACUCUUAACUACGAACUCGAUAUCAGUCGAAAUAACAUUGGACAAAGGACCUUUUGCCCGUUAUAUUAUCAGUCAUAACCAUGGUUCCGAAGCAGGAAACAUUGUUAUCGCUGGAUACUUACACCCCGAUGAAGCUAUGGAUCUAAGUGUUGUUCUUUGCAAACCGUACUUAGACCGAAUCAAUGCAGCUCUUGCCCUGACUUACCCGGAUCGUCGAACAGACCAUAACAAAUAUUCUGAACCGGAACUUAACCACGUUACCAGACAAUUUGUGGGAUCUUUGAACAUGUCGGUCGACAUUCAUGAGCCAUCAUACACGGACAACCGCAAAUUCGAGGAUUAUGGAAUGAUCGAUGGAUUUUUCGGCUCGAUGGUUGAUGACGGCAUGAACUUCUCGGCAACCGUCCGCGACCUAACUCUUCUCGAAGACUCAGUCCAGAACUUAUACACCAGUAUUGCCGCCUAA